AUGAUGGAAAUGGAGGCUCAAGGCACACCCUGGCUUGAUCAGCCGGUGAUGCUUCAUUCGUCUCGCGCCGACAAGUGCAAAUUGACCGAAGCCCAAUGUCUCUAUCGCAAUUAUCGCUGGCGAUACUGGUACCAAGCCGACCAUGUUUAUGCAUUAAGCACCGUCUACUUCAUGUGUGCAGUGAUUGGAGUAUUCACAAUAUCACACUUGCUUAUACGACUCACUCCAAAUAGAGUGAAACGGAAUAGAUCAUGGCGCUGGUUCACUUCAGUCUCACGAUACUUGUCUUAUCGGGGAUAUCGAGUGCCUGCGCUGCGCUAUUGGUCUCCGGCGUUAGGUGUGAUGAUUCUGGGGGCAGUUGGCGCUGUAUUCUUCUUCGCGAUGACACUCGGCCCAAAGCCCUAUUACUGGCCGACAGAUGCUUCUUAUGGAAGUAGUCCUCCGAUUGCGACUAGAUCGGGCUGGAUGGCCCUUGCACUGCUUCCCUUUGUACUGGCACUGAGCACGAAAGCCAACAUGAUCUCUGGGGUGACUGGUAUUCCGCAUGAAAAACUUCAAGUGUUCCACCACUGGACUAGCUAUGCGAUGUUUGUGUUGGCUUUGGUUCAUACAUUCCCGUAUAUCAUAUACCACAUCAGAAAAGGGGACAUGGUUCAUCAGUGGAAGACAAGUGUUGUUUACUGGACAGGAGUUGCUUCUCUCAUAUCACAGACAUAUCUAACCCUGAUGUCUUUGUCAUGCAUUCGUAACAGGUUCUACGAAUUCUUCAAAGCCACGCACAUCUUUGUGGCGGUAGUGUUUGUCAUCUUCUUCUUCCUUCACUGUGAUUUUCGGCUCUCUUCCUGGGACUACUUCAUAGCCUCGGGCGUGAUUUACUUCCUAAGCUUGAUAGCCAGCCAUAUCCGUACCUAUCUAGUGCACGGAAUUCACAACGCAACUCUCGAACUCCUCCCCAGCGGUCUUGUCCGCGUUUCGGUCCCAUCGAUCAUCAAAUGGACCCCCGGUCAGCACGUAUUCGUGCGUUUCCUCACAUCCGACCUACACCUACUCACCGCCCAUCCCUUCACUAUCUCCUCCGCAUGUCGCAAUCCAGACGAAAUAGGCAAAGCCUCGAGAAUAAUAUUCUAUAUCAAACCACGCGAUGGCGUCACCGGACGCCUUAGAGCAAUGGCUGCCAAGAAUCCAGGCUGCACGAAGAAGAUUUUGAUAGAGGGGCCGUAUGGCGGCGUCAGCGAACCCCACAUGGCGCAAUUCGACACGAUCCUAGUGAUAGCUGGCGGUUCGGGAGGCGGGUUCUCAUUAGCCAUGGUCGACGAAGCACUCCGGUUGACGGGGGUAGACUCACCGGCGAGCGAGAAACGAGCACCCUCCAGGAGAAACCUCCAAGUUGUAUUCUCAACCCGUGACCACGCCAUGGCAGAUUGGUAUAUCGAGGAGAUCGAAUCACGACUCUCGGAAUCGACCAUAUUAUCCGCAGACUCGGACAACGGGUUUCAAACUGCGGUGUCUGUGCACGUCACUGAUCAACAAGUAUCGGAGGUUCCCUCGACUUCAGAGUCAGGCGAGGUGAAGGGCACGGCUGGCAAAAUGCCGCCGGCUGAGAUUACCACCACGGGAAGUUUCAGUUUGAAUGUUCACCGCUAUGCUCGGCCUGAUCUUCCUGGUCUUGUUGCACACACUGUUGAGAUGGCACAUAUUCAAGGGAUGCAUCUUGAGAAGAAGCAGCGGGUUGGAGUUUUAGUUUGUGGUCCUGCUUCUAUGCUACAUGACACUCGGAAUGCGGCAGCUUUGGCGCAGGCGAGGGUGUUUAGGGGCGAGCUUGAGGAGCUAUAUUUGCAUUCUGAGCCCUUUGUGUAA